AUUUAUAUCCACAUAAAGUAUAUAUAAAGUAUAUAUAUAAAAUAUAUAUUCGUACAAUAUAUUGUGGCCGUAUUUUCAUGAUCACAAAUGUACUGCGCAAGAUAUAUAGAAGUAUAACAAUGAGGCGUUGUGGAAGAAUAUGCAGCAAUAUGCAGCAAUAUGCGGCAACUUGUUUAAAGCUUGCCUUACAAAUCACUUUGAAACUUCGUUUCAUUCUAUCAUUCGCCCCACGAAGUAUAUAGGUAAUCAAGCAGCUUUAUAAAAGUUAAUAUAAUGUUUUAAUAGAUACUAUUCGCCAUAUCCAACAGUAUUAAAAUUUGCCAUUAUCAAUGUAGUAUUUUAUUUCCUUAUUGAGAGUAGCUAUUAAAGAGACCUUUUUGUAAGAGGAGGGUGCGGUGGUUGGAUUUAAGAAGCGAUUAAUUUUCAAGUAUUAUAUUUGCUUCUUAAUGAUAACGAGAGACCCACGUUGCGUCUUGUCCCAAUUUUAUUAAUUUGAAAGCCACAUUUCCAUGUUAAACUAUUUCUACUUAAAAUUACUUUUAUAUACGAUUUACAAGUUACUUUUGCCUGGUGCAAACCCAAAAUUGUGUAAUUAUUUUGCUCAUACGUCUCUUGAGUUCUACCCAUUGAUCCAGUUAAAUCGAGUGUGCGAUAGUCUGUCACCUGCGACAUAUUGUUUUAGUUCCAAAAUUAGUUGCUAAUAAAAACUGUUGUUAAGAGAGUUACAACAAAAGGACUGAGAUUAGAGUCCCACAUGUUCUAUUUUCUUCUAGUGUUGUGUAGUUCUUUUGGCAGGAUGACCUAUUUGAUCAUACUUUACCAGAUACUUCCUAUUCUGUGACAGGACUCGCAAAAACGUAGUCAAGCGUCACCAAGUACCAGUCAUGUUUUUUUUAAAGAACAAAUAAUACCCUGUUAGAAGUCUCCCCAACCAAGAGAUCAGCUGCGUUUUUAAGAAAGACUUCGCUCUUCUGGUGGAGUGUAUUGAGGUUAACUCCUGCGAAGACAACGAAGAAAUCUCGUGCUUAAUUGCGUUAACUACGAGAAUCACAGAACAACUGCGUGCUAUUCAACAUGUGAAGUUAACGUAUCGAUGAAGAACGCUUUCAAUCUUAAUAAGCCACGUUAACCUUAACAUGACAGCUGGUGGGUAAAUCUAUUUCGCGGUGGUGAACUACUGCGGUGCCUCAGUCAACAAAGCUUCAACUCUCUAGAAUGCUCGACAGUGAUAACAACGUAAGUGGCGUAAGGAGAUGUUUUCCUACAGUGGAUAAGAGACUGUGGCUGUCGAAAGCUUUUUACGCUUCAUUUUACGUGGCCAUUGGUGCGCUAUUUCCAUAUUUACCGGUUUAUUUCAAACAACUGAAAUUAUCUUCGCAUCAGAAUGGAAUACUUAUUGGCAUUCGUCCUCUACUUCAGUUCUGCGUAACACCUCUUUGGGGCGCAUGCGCCGACAGGUUCUGUAAGAGUAAGGCUAUUUUUCUGGUGUCUGUUUUAGGAUGGCUCGUCUCAAACUUCUCGUUGUACUUUGUUCCUGUUAAUAAUGAUCCUAGAUUGUGUGAUGUUUAUAAUUAUAGUAACGAAGAUGAGAUUUCAUUUGAACCUAUACGAAAUACAAGUUAUCAAAAUAUCAUCACACGCCAACGGACAAGAAAACACGUGCACGAUUUUCAUUCAAGGGUGUCGCCUUAUCUUGACACCACUGUGCCAUUUAUUCCGUUUACGUUUCAAGAUUUUCGAGAUGUUUGUAGUAUAACGUCGCAAGGAAAUAAGGGCCUAGAGGAUACAGAGCACUGGAAAGAAAAACCCGAGGUAGAUAUAGCAAACUUACAACCUUCCGAUCAAAAGCAGUUCCAGGAUUCCAUGAAUGGAGUAGUGACAAGUGGUCAGCAUAUCAGUUGUAAUUCUAAAGAGUUUCUAUUUUUACUUCUCGUGACUAUCAUUGGUACGAUCGUCGCGGCUCCGGCGCAGGUGCUGGCAGAUACAGUGACACUUCAAAACCUUGGAGGUGAAACUCAUAAGUAUGGUGGAGUGAGGCUGUGGGGAUCUUUGGGGUGGGGAAUUGGAGGAUUUUCUGUCGGGGCUUCUGCCAGCACAAACUAUCACAAGAAUCACUGUGGUGAGGAUGUAAUUGACUACGGACCGUGUUUUUAUGUUUAUGCAGCAGGGAUGAGUGUGGCUUUCCUGUUUGCUACUCAGUUUCAGUUUGAUCAGGCCCAGUCAACCGAAGAUUCUCCUACAGAUAUUUCAAAGACUGCAAAUAUAUCUGAAGGUCUCAAGAUCUUCCGCAGUCCUCAGUUCUGUUUUGUCAUUUUCAUCGCGUUUUUCUGUGGUUCAGCCACGGGCUUCAUAGAAACGUUUCUGUUUUGGUACCUUCACGAGCUAGGAGGCGGACAAUUGUUAUUUAGCGUAAUUAACGGACUCAAUUGUGCAGCCGAGGUGUGUGUGUUUUUCAUCACAGACAAACUCCUCUGCUACCUCGGUCAUAUCAACGUUAUUUAUGUCACCCUGUUUUGUUACUCUGUUCGUUUCAUUUACUUUUAUUUCGUUGAGAGCCCUUGGGUCGUUUUGCCAGCGGAGUUACUCCAAGGAAUUACAACCGCAGCAUUCUGGUCAUCUUGUGUAUCGUAUGUAGGUUUACAUCCGGGAGCAUCCAACACAGUUCAAGGGAUUUUGAACGGUGUUUACAUGGGAUUAGGUUUUGCAGCUGGUGGACUUUUAGGAGGGUCACUUGUAUAUGUAGCCGGAAUGAAGAGCUCCUUUCUCUUGUAUGCCCUCGCUAGCUUUUGUGUCCUUUUAACUUUUGCUUUUAUUAACAAAUAUAAUAAAGCUAAACUUUAACAUAUUAAUUGUUAUUGCUUGAAUACAGUGAUCUAUGGCGGCGAUGCUGUAAAAACAGGUCAAGAGACCAGGCGAACUAAGUGCUGUAGCUAUUUAUUAAAGAUUGGAUCAUUGGAUAAUGCAAUUCGACAGUUUUCGUUGUCUUAGCCAAUAUGGGUUAUGAGCCAUCAUACCAUGCUCUACAAAUAUGGUAAGUAUACGCGCGAAUUUUUGGGUCCUUGUUACUUUUGUUUUAGAUUAGUUUUCUACACUUUGGGGGCGUUUUUAAUAAAACAAUUGUUCCACUCGCGUUUGUUGGAUAUGGGAUGAUUAUAGCAAACUCGGCGCUACGCGCCUUGUUGGCUAUCUACCAUCUCAUAUUCAACGUGCGCUUGUGGAAUAAUAGAAUAAUUGUUAAAUAGUAUAGGUGUAGAUAUAUAUAUAACGUAGACAUUUUAAGACGUGUAGUUGUGAUGAACUUAGUAACCAAAAAAAAAAA